CCCACAUGGUAUCAUCAACCAAGAAACUCUCUCUCUCUCUCUCUCUCUCUCUCUGGCGAAGACCAAGCAAGAACGAGAUCGGACUGGCUACUACUCCAUAUUGUUUCCCUAGAUAUGGAAACUUUAAGUUUCUAUAUCGGAGUUAUUGGAAACCUCAUUUCAGUGCUAAUGUUUCUUGCUCCUGUGUAUACAUUUUCCAGAAUCAUAAAGAACCGUUCGACAGAAGAGUUCAGUAGUCUUCCCUACGUCUGCACAUUCCUCAACUGCUUCCUGUGGACUUACUACGGAAUCAUAAAGCCCGGAGCUUAUCUUGUAUCCACCAUCAAUGGCUUCGGAAUUCUUGUGGAGAUCGUCUAUCUCUCUUUGUUUCUAACAAAUGCCACAACAAACAAGAGGGUGAACACGGUGAUCUGGAUUGGUAUCUUGGAUGUGGGUUUUCCGGCAGCGGCCAUUUUAGUGACUUGGCUGGCGUUGAAGGGAGAUGUACGUAUUAAUGCAAUAGGGUUCUUGAGUGCUGGCCUCAAUAUCAUCAUGUACGCCUCACCUCUAGCUGCAAUGAAAACAGUGGUGACAACUAAGAGUGUGGAGUACAUGCCAUUUUGGCUGUCAUUCUUCUUUUUCCUCAACGGAGGGGUCUGGCUUUUUUAUUCUUGGCUUGAACAAGAUUAUUUUCUUGGGGUACCAAAUGGGAUGGGGUUUUUACUCGGAACAGUGCAGCUUCUGCUAUAUUGGAUUUACACAAAACCAGCCAAGAAGGAAGAAAAAAGCUUAUCAAGUGCGCUACUGGUGGAAGAAGGAAGACAACAUGAACCUCUUAACUCAUCAGAUACUACUACUUAAUUAGCUCAUCAGUACUCAUAAAUGCACUUUAGACUCAAGUUUUUGAGUUGAAAAUGUAGGUAAUUUUCAGCUUACGAGUGUGUAUUGGGGAGCCAAUUAAGUAUAUAGGUUUUUUUGGAGUUGACUGUUAGUGUAUGUAAUUUUGAUUUCAAUAGAAUGAUAUUAUAUGUACACUACCUAGUACUCUUCCAUGUUUAAAGGGCUGUCUUCUA